AUGGCUCCUAUUCGAACACCCCUGGCGGAUCAUCAGGCGAUUCUCCAUGCCUACCGUCAUCUGUAUCGACAAGGGUUGAAGGUGGUCAACUACUCUACACCGUCUCGACAUGUCCUUCUCCAUACUCUCCGUUCAUCCUUCCGAUCUGGCUCCCCUCAGGAUUUCGAUCCUCAAAAAAUCGCAAACACCUUGCGCUUUCUCCAGCGAGCACGUGACGUUGCAGGAAUGGAGCAUAAAAUCGUGAAAAAUAUACUGAUUGCGCGAUACUGGGAACAGCCUAUAUUGAAUAAAGAGUUUCGGAUUUUGUAUGGACUAGGAAUUAAUCAAAAAGAGGCCAGUUUACGGGAGAGUGCUAACGAGCAAUUCAAUCUGACAUUAAUGCUCCUCAAUGAGUCUUUGGGGACUUGCCUGAGAUGA